UCUAUCUUCAUCUACAAGUCUCAUUCAUGAAUCCAUUUCAAAAGCAGUGAAUUGAAUGCACUAUAUCUAAAACCAUUGUCACUGCCAUCACAAAAACCAUAUUUGUAGAAAGAAUGAGUGCUCCUACUCCAGUUGCUAUAGGCACAAGAGGCACAAUUGGAUCCCUUGUGAGGAAGGAAAUUGAAUACUUCUCCAAAUUUGAGUUGGGGAACUCACAAAGGCCUCAACCACAUUAUGUGGACAUGGUUUCUAGCAGAGGAUAUUCCAGUUGCAGACCUAGUUUUUGGGUGUUUCUGAUGACAGGGAAGAGAAGGAAGAGAAGAGGUAGCAAUGUGUUUGUCCCAAAAAUGUGUUCUGUUGCAGAAGUGGUGGAGAACACUUCACCGGAAGAUGUUCCAAUAAUGGUUCUGUUCAGCAAGUUCCUCAGAGCAAUACUCGCCGACAACACCCAAGCCCGAGCCAAAGCCCGAACCUUCCUCACCUCAAUAUACGCAUUCCCCUGGUACGCGCCUCACCACAACAACCGCCACUCCCGCUCCCCAACCAAUAACAGAUUCCUCUCUCCCGGCCCAGGCCCUGGCCCAGGCCCAGGCCCUCUCUUCCUCUCUCGCCCCCCAUGGAAACUCUCUCAAUCCGCCACCCCUCUCUAUUUGCACGAAAACGCCGUCGUUUUCCCCAAGGUCCACCCCUUCAAUUUGCUUCGCUCCACUCCUCCUCUCCCUCUCCGCUUCCCUGAUCCGGCUCCCUCCAUUUCCACCAACCCUUCUCUUUUCCACAGCUUCGUCAAUCUCCCCAAUUUCAUAUCCUUCUCCCGAUUACUUUCCGGUCCUCUUCUCGCAUGGAUGAUCUCCAACGAGUUCUAUACUCCAGCAAUUGUAGGGUUGGCACUCUCUGGGGCCACUGAUUGGCUGGAUGGAUACGUGGCUCGGAAGAUGAAGAUAGAUUCCGUAGUGGGUUCCUACCUUGAUCCCCUUGCUGACAAGGUUCUUAUUGGUUGCGUUGCUCUUGCCAUGGUGCAUAAAGAUCUACUGCAUCCUGGGGUUGUUAGUCUUGUUGUGUUUCGGGACGUCUUCCUUGUUGGGGGUGCAGUAUUUCUAAGAGCAAAUAGCUUGGGUUGGAAGUGGAAAAGCUGGUUUGAUUUUUUUAACCUUGAUGGAACCGCCCGCCAAAAGGUUGAACCACUCCUUCUAAGCAAGGUGAAUACAGUAUUCCAAUUAGCACUAGUUGCUGCUGCUCUUCUUCAACCAGAGUUUGGAACACAGGAAACUCAACCAUAUAUUACUUAUUUGAGCUAUUUAGUGGCUUCAACAACAGUGGCAACUACUGCAGCAUAUGGAGCACAAUACUUUAGGAGAUUUACAGUAGUAUCAAACUCGGUCUAGUUGAGUUUCCAUUGAAUGCAGAAGGAUGGAGGGAUCCGCAAGAACUAGGACUCAUUGCACAGUUAUUUAUAACCAUAAUGCACAGGCUGUUUUCAAAUAUUGCCUUCUGAUAAGAGUGAGCAUUAGUGUUUCUUGUAGUUACUUUUUUUUUUUCCUUCUGAAAUUCUGUGUUUGAGGAAAGUUUAAAAAACAUUGUCAUUUUAA